CUCAGUUUGUGUUAGUUUUGCUGCGAGGUUCCACCGUUCCGGUUUAAUAUGUGCCCUAAUCUCGUGACGCUUCUCGUAAUCCAUCUGGGGUUUUAGCUUUUUGUGGGGGGAAAUGGUGCUAGGGUUUUAGGGUUCCCCUUUAACUGUAGUCUUCUACAUCGCCUUGUAACGGCACUGUAAAAACAACCGAAAUCCAUCUAUACUACCUUCUUCUCCACCUCCUUAUCCUCCUCCCCCCUUCUCUGUGCCCCAUCGGAAGACAUGGAUAGAUAUCAGAGAGUCGAGAAACCGAGGCCUGAGUCGGCGAUAAACGAGAACGAGAUCCGAAUCACCACACAGGGCCUCAUAAGGAACUAUAUCACCUAUGCAACUAGUCUCCUUCAGGAGAAAAGGGUGAGAGAGAUUGUCUUGAAGGCAAUGGGACAGGCAAUCAGCAAGACGGUGGCCAUUGCUGAGAUUAUAAAGAAGAGAAUCCCAGGGUUGCAUCAAGAAACUACCAUCAGCUCUACAAGUAUAACUGAUGUCUGGGAGCCUAUUGAGGAAGGCCUUGUACCCUUGGAGAUGACUCGUCAUGUUUCAAUGAUUUCAAUCUCUUUGUCAACAAGGGAGCUAAACAAAAACUCUCCUGGGUAUCAAGCUCCGUCAUAUGCAGAGCAGCCAAAGCAGCAGUAUCAGCAACAGCAGCAGCUACAACCAAAACAAGCUCCUGCUCCAAUCGGUGGUGCAAAUGAAGGUCAUAUUUCUGCUAUGGAUUCAUAUGGCCGGGGACGAGGACGUGGUAGAGGGAGAGGAAGGGGUUGGGGGAGAGGUGGAUAUGGGAACAACACCCAAGAAAAUGGUGGCUAUUGGGGUCGAGGUGGGAACAACAACCAAGAAAAUGGUGGCUAUUGGGGUCAAGGUGGGAACAACACCCAAGAAAAUGGUGGCUAUUGGGGUCGAGGUGGCGGACGAGGCAGAGGUUGGGGCUAUCGUGGUGCUGGAUAUGAAAGAGGCAGAGGUGGAGGCAGGGGUUAUGGUCGUGGCCGGGGACGUAUGGGUGGCGGACGUAUGGGUGGCCGUUGGAGGGGUGGUGGCAAUCAGUUCUAGUUGUUGGGUUGGCAUGUUUUGUUUUACUCUAGCUAAGUUCUUGCCUUGGCGUUUAUAGGGAGGAGUAUAUAGGGAAAAGUAUUCGAGGACUGUAUUUCCAGCAUCAAACUGUGGCUUAUUCUCAAGGGGUUAUUGGAGCAGUUUUUGUUCAUAUUUUUUUUUGAUAUGGAUUGUGGGCUGGCUUGCUUUAUGGUUGUUGAUUCUCAAGUGAUUACUCAAUUUCUGUAAUUCAUCUCUCACCGCCUCCUGAAUCCUCUCUUGUAUUUAUCCCAUUUUCUUAGUGUAUGUAUUUGCUUUGGAAACCCCUAUUCCUAAUGCAAGGUUUACCUGUACAAA